GAGGAGAGAGGGAGUCACGCGCGGAGACGAGCGUGAAAAGUGCAAGAAUCCAGAGGCGCACGCACACGAGUGGAGAAAAGAAAGAGAGCCCGAGAGGAGAAAUAACAUCGAGAGGGAAGUGUACAGGUGUGUGACAGAGAGAGGGGGGGAGUGGAUGAUAGAGAGCGGGAGAGAGAGCGCGCGGGAGGGAGAAAUAUGGCCACGGUCACGGCGGAGAAUGGUUUCAGCACCGCGGACAGCUCCGGCAGAAUGAACGGACUCAACAGCGCGAUCCCGAUGAAAGAUCACGACGCCAUCAAGCUCUUCGUCGGCCAGAUCCCGCGCAACCUCGAGGAGAAAGACCUCAAGCCGCUCUUCGAGGAAUUCGGCAAGAUCUACGAGCUCACCGUGCUCAAAGACCGAUUCACCGGGAUGCAUAAAGGAUGUGCCUUUCUCACAUACUGUGCCCGAGACUCAGCGCUGAAGGCUCAGAACGCUCUACAUGAACAGAAGACUCUGCCUGGGAUGAAUCGGCCGAUCCAGGUGAAACCGGCCGACAGUGAAGGACGAGGAGAAGACCGGAAGCUGUUUGUAGGGAUGCUGGGGAAGCAACAGGGUGAAGAUGACAUCCGGAGGCUGUUUGAUUCAUUCGGGCACAUAGAGGAGUGCACCGUUCUCCGGGGUCCUGAUGGGGCCAGUAAGGGCUGUGCUUUUGUGAAGUUCUCCAGCCAUGCAGAAGCUCAGGCAGCUAUUAACAGUCUUCAUGGUGGAACGACGAUGCCUGGCGCUUCAUCGAGUCUGGUGGUGAAGUUUGCAGACACAGAUAAGGAACGGACCCUCCGUCGGAUGCACCAGAUGGCCGGUCAGAUCGGGAUCUUCAGCCCUAUGACCAUACAGUAUGGAACUUAUGGAGCAUACACACACACCCAGCUGAUGCAGCAGCAGGCUGCUCUCAUGGCAGCUUCACAGGGUUCGUAUCUGAACCCGAUGGCCGCCAUCGCAGCCGCUCAGAUGCAGCAAAUGGCUGCUUUCAAUGUCAACGGUCUGAUGGCUGCGCCGAUGACCCCCUCUUCAGGCACCAGCACACCUCCAGGCCUCAGCGCCGCAGGCAUGCCCAGUAUAACAGGACCCAUCACGGUCAACGGCUUCAGCGCUCUUCCACACCAGACCAACGGACAGACCUCCUCUGAGACCAUCUACACCAACGGGAUCCAUCCAUACCCAGCUCAAAGUCCGACGGUGACGGAUUCUCUCCAGCAGGCGUAUGCAGGUGUACAACAUUUCGCAGCAGCGUAUCCUGCCGCGUAUGCACCCAUUAGCCAAGCGUUUCCCCAGCAACCAGCCAUCAUCACCCAGCAACAGAGAGAAGGACCGGAGGGCUGUAAUCUGUUUAUUUACCACCUGCCGCAGGAGUUCGGCGACGCUGAGCUCAUGCAGAUGUUUCUGCCUUUUGGCAACGUCAUUUCCGCCAAAGUCUUUGUGGACCGGGCCACCAAUCAGAGCAAGUGUUUUGGUUUCGUAAGCUUUGAUAACCCGUCGAGUGCUCAGGCAGCGAUUCAGGCAAUGAACGGUUUUCAGAUCGGCAUGAAGAGGCUGAAGGUUCAACUGAAGAGGCCGAAAGAUGCCAACCGACCGUACUGAUGCUGAGUGAACGGCUGGCACGCCCCUUACAGGACGAGGGACGUCAACACCUUAUAUCCACAAGUGCAGUAUCAAAGACUUUAGCUCUUCUACAUAUCACGAGAGGCGAGCGCUCCAAAUCUCUGAGGGCUGGAAAAGAGGAACACAAAGAUUUUUUUCUGCCAACUUUUUUCUUUCUCCCCCUUUUCUGCUUCGACAUUUGCAGGAUGAAUUUGGCAGAGAAUGACUUUUUUGCUGCUGUUUUUUUUGUUGAGAAAAUGAAAAAAGAAACCUUUAUGAACACAUUAUGCUCAGAGCAUGCAGAAACAAAUAACACACACACAUGCUCAUAUAAACAGAUGGAAAAGUAUUUUGAACUCUUCAUGAGAAAUAUAUUGAUAUCUUUACACACACGCGCAUACACGCCAGCCUGCUGCCAUUUUGGUUUUUGUGCCUCUACACACCUGCUGACUGGAGGAAUCCAGGAAUAACAACAUGCAUCAUUCCUUAGGAAAUAGGGACCAAAGGACUAUACGCUUUUAAAAAAAAAAGCAAAAUAUCUAAAUAUAUAUAUAUUUAAAAAUGACAAAAAAGAACUCUUACUGUACUCUAUAGCUCCGCGUAUAAUGAACACUGAAGUAGAAGAGAGAAUGUUUAUUCAUCUGUUAAAGAAAGACUGAACGAUGAAAAACGCAUCUGCAUCCACAAGUAGAUUUGCAAAAGUGUAGAUUAGAGCGGUAGAUUUGCUAAUUUUUCGUGAUUUCUAUUUAUUUCUUUUAGCCAAGAUAAUACUUGAACUUCUGAGGUAAAUGGCUCGUGCGCAUCCUCUCCAUUCCAGUAUUCAGAAAGAAGCGUGCCGUCUUGACGGGUUCCCAGAAGCCUUUGUGUUAAAGCGACAAUCCACAGCGAGAUAUUGGACUUGUGGCACGCGAUCCCGUGAGCGGUCUGAACUUGACCGAACGUGAGGACGAUGAAGAUGAAGAGCUGCUGAAACUGCCAGAUGAACAGAAGUGAUGCAACACAGAAGGAGAAGAGAGACGUUUGAAUGACCUCUCACUUCAGUGAUACCAUGAGCUCUUAAACACUUCAUGUCAUCUCUCACAUCAUCAUCAUGAGUUACAGCCAAACCUUCUGCUUCUAAAAGUCAACAUAGAAGAGUGAAGCAGGAGAAUGAAUCCGUACGAGAACAACUGUGAGUGUAUUUUAAAGAAAGAUUAUGAAGAUGGAAAUUGUUGUUUGGAAUAAAAAAGGAAAGUUUUAUGAAGAGAUCUAUCAACAUAUCCAGAUCUGAAGACAGAUUCUCCACAUCCGUCCGGAACGAGUUUUAAAUCAUACGAUCUGCAUUUUCACUUGUUUUUAGGACAAAUCUUACCAAUUUAAUAUUGUUUCACGCUUUACAUGUUUAUAACACACAGUGUCUUUAUGUUGUGAUUUUCAUUUUUUUUAUGUGCAGAACAACAAAUGAUCCUCUCACGUCAGGUUUAGGCCUCAAGAGAUUCUUUCACUUAGUUUUUUAAUUCUCUGUGUGUACAUCAACACAUAUGAUCGCUGAUAUUGAAAACUUUGGUGAUUUUCAUCUCUCUUCACAUGAUUAUCUCUCUAAAACAUUAUUUUCUUAUUUUCAUCUUAAUAACUUUUUUUUCUAAAUCCUGAUGAUGCAUCUUUCUCAAGGCCCUUACAGAGAACACACAUGAUCACAUAUUUAACACUUUUGUCUAGAUGCAUUUAACUUUCCAUGGUAUCACAUGUAAAAAACAUGUCAAAUGUCAUGUGUUUUUUCUGCAAGAGAAAGUUGCAAUGCAGUUCAGUUUUACAUUUUCACAUGAGACAGAUUUUUUUGUAAUAGGAAAUGAAACUCCCCAGUGCACUGUAAAACUUUGCUGUAAUUUUGCAAUAGUUUUGCCAGUAACUUACUGUAGAUUUGAUUCAUAUUAUUAAUAUAAUAUAUUAAUAUAAAUCCUAUUAGUACUGUUUUUUACUUUUGAUUAAAGUAAAACACUUUGGCUUUUGACAUUCAAAAUGAACAAGAAUAGACUGAACUCAUUACUGGCAUCACAUUGCAAAAAAUGACAUUUUUUCUGGGCAUUUUUGUCUUGUUUUCUAGUAAAAAUAUUGAAAACUUCAUAAAUUAUGAUACAUUUACAUAAGAAGAAAAGUAACCUUAAACAAUAUGUCUUAUUUAAUGAAAGAAAAUAUGAGAACUAGGUAAGUUUUUGUUUGAAACAAAACUGUAAAUGAAAUCUGCAGUAAGUUACUGGCAAACCUGCUGCAAAACUACAGCAAAGAUUGAAAGUGUGGAUUAUAUUUCAAGAAACUGAACACUGUAGAUGUGUUUUCUGCCAGGUCAAAUCUCAAUGGUUUUAAAAGUGCCAAAUGAAUCGUGUCCUUUUAUAAGCUUGCAUUUAAUCACACAAAAGCUUUUCAUUUGGAUAAAAACCUAAAUCAAGCACAUCCACAAAGCACACAGAUAUUCCUAAAGCACACAACACAACAGUAUUUGAUGCGAAGUUCAUUUUCCUUCAUGAUCUUUAUUGUAGUUUUAUUUAAUAUUGUCUCAUAUCUCACAGAGUCAACAUAAGAUGAGCAUGUGAGGUCAGAACCUCUGCUCGGCGUUUGGGUUUAAGUGCCAUAUGUAACCAGAGGAACACAUUCAAUUCAUCAAUGUUAAAACACUGCAAAAUGAAAUUUUUUCCAACAUAAAUGUCUAAAGUUUCUUGAAUCAAGACCCGUUUUAUUGAUGAGCAAGAUGACCUAAGAAAACAAGUCUUGUUUUUACACAAAAAAAAAUGAAAUUUCAGUGAAUAUGUGCUUAAAACAAGCAAUUAAUCUGCCAAUGGGCUAAAGAAAAAAAUCUUGAAUUAAGGUUGAGCUUUUUCAUAUUCACUUAAUUCAAGAUUAAUAUUUGACCCUAUUUGCAGAAUUUUUUUGCUGCGCUCAAAUUCACUGAAAUUUAAAAAUAAAUUAAAAACAAGACUUGUUUUCUUUGGUCAUUUUGCUCAUCAAAAAUUGCUUGAAAAAUGUUGACAUUUGUACUGUAAAACAAGACAAACAUACCAAGUAAGAAAAAAAUUAGCCACGGUCGUUCCCAAGAGAAAGAUUAGUAAUAACUGAAGGGAAAUUGUGUUGGGCAUUAUUAUUUACUUCUCUCAGAGUCGUAGAGAAGACUGUCAGUUAUUCAGGUCUGUACAUUUGCAUUGUGACUCUGUAAAAACACACGAGGCCGUGUGAGCGCAGAACCAUCUCCAGAUGCCCUCUGGGCUUCAGUCUCAGCCCCGAAAUAGCAGCGAUUGUCAAGACCGGGAAGUCAAAUGUAAUUGAGUACAGGAGGUCAAGAUUAACUUUCAGACAGGCAGAAAGAGGAACGUUAAAACAGUUUCUGGAAUGUUCUGGGAUGUGUGUGCGUGUGUUAUAAAUGCAUGCGGACACUGAACUUGAUGCUCCACAAAUCUUCUUUUAAUCUCUCAGGGCAUCAGACUCAAUGAUGUCAUGGUUUGUGGAGCCUCUCCAGCGUCUUCGUCAUUUUUGAGAACACAAACACAGAAGUGUGUUUUUUGUGACGCUGUGACAUCAGCACCGACUCAGAGAGAACGCUUUAAACCUUUUGUGCAAAUGCAAGCCGCCACAGGACACACGUGUGCAAUCGUGUCUCGUUCAAAUGAAAGCAAAAAAAGCAUUUGUUUCCAUUCCUUAUAUCUAGAGAGUCUGCUCUGUUAGUUUAGCUUCAGUGAGCGUGAUGUUAAUCUCAUCUCAGGACAGGGCGGUCCGGCCGCUGCUGGGGGUCACAUGUUGUAUUCAAGGUACCCUGUGCCAGGAGUCACUUUGAAGUUUACAUCAUCAUAUUGACAAAUAUCAAAAUGCUUUGAAUACAUGAUUAGCAGUACGUUUGGUUCUGGGAAGAAAACCUGAGGAUGUGUUUAGAUGUAUGGAGACUGUGACUGAUGCUAAAUCUUUCAUGUCCAGCUCACGUUUUACCCCAAAAUCAAAUAAUAUUUCACAAAGAAAAACAGCUCAUUUUAAAAAGUGUUUAUGUAGCACAUGAAUAUCAGUACAUCAUUAUUUGUGCCUUUAUUAUAUAGAGAUUAAAUCAUAUUAAUGAGAGCAAAUAUUACGGUGUUUUAAUGUGGUUUAGAAUACUAAGGGGCGAUUCACAUUUCGCAUUAAAAACUGUGUGGUAAGCGCGGAAACCCUUUUUUCCAAAGCGCCCAGGAGUUUGAGCUCUCCUGGCGUCUGUCGUUGCUAAGCAACCAUGGGCCACAAUAGCCGUGCUGUGAUCAUGUGUACCUCCGUCUUCACUGAGCUUGUCUAUAUUGGUUGGUUGGUUCUUGUCACAUGACCUGCGGUACGUCUACAUUUAAAAUAAUGAAUAUGCGCAAACAAAAGAAGCAAAAUGUGAAUCGUCCCCUAACAAUACUCCAGCUUUAUUAAUUGUGCCAUACGCAAGUAUUUUCAUUUAAUAUUCACUUCAAAUUUUCAGUUGUGUUUGUGUUGAUUCAGGGGUGAAGUGUAAGUUGGACGUAAGAUUCACGUCUGUCUGUCUGCUGUCCGUCUCACAUCCGCACGAUGUUCCCAUGAUCCUCUUCUUCACACUACAGGACGUCUGUUACUUUAUAGGCCAUAGAACAGGAAAACAAUGGAGGAUACACAAAAGAAUCAUUCACAUGUUUCACUGAGAAAGGAAGCGAUUCGAUGAUUUAUGAGGAGUACCGUAUAAAUAUCUAUAUUUCCUCAUGCUUUUAUAUUUUUAAUGUGUUAAAGUCACAGACGCUUUUAUGAGAUUUAUUCUUGACUCAUGGAAAAACAAUUUGUGACCAGAAAUUUGCCUUGAAACUGUUUUCGCAGUUGUUUUCGUUUCUGGUCAUCAAAUGUUUGUUUGUGGAUGAAGAUGAGGAUGCAAAACAUGUAGAUUUGUGUUAUAAUGUCAGUUGUUUCAUGGUUUUAUGAAAGUGAGUAUCCCAGAAUAUCACGAUUUACUCACAUUCAUGUUGUUUCCAACUUCUGCGGAGCUCGUGAGAAUCUUUUAAUACAGAAUUCAGUGAACACUGUCAAAAAAACAAUAAAAGCACUAUGAAAGUUGGAUUAAAUAUUAUACAUGAGUCUUCUGAGACAUUGUAUUUCAUUUCAGAAGUGUUCACUUUGAAAUAUUGUUUUAAGAUUUAAAUGAAACUUAAUAAAGGUUUGGAGUAACAUGCGCAUAAGUAAAUUAUGGAUGAUUUAUUGAAGAUGUUUUUGAGGUUGUUUCGUCUCGUUUACGCUCACGGCUGUUCGGACCAAACUCACAUGAGCUCACAUGUUAAAAUCAGAUGUACCAUUCUUUGCUUCUUCAUGUCUCGUGCGGUUUCAUUUUAAAUGCCUUUUAUGCCUUUUCUAAUCUUUGCAUUGAAACAUUACAGAUGCUGACAAAGAAAUCGAUCAGAUGAUGUUGAGUUAAAGUGAAUUAUCAGUGUUUACUUGAAGAUCUUUUGAUGUGUAAGAUAGUUUGAGCUCGGCCGUGUUUCUCUCUGUAGCUCUAGAUGCUUUGACUCUU